AAAACGAAGAAGUGGCUACACACACACAGACACACACAAUUGCAAGAGGAGAGCGCGCUAAAAAGUUUAUUGUAAAAAAGAAACCAAAAAGUAAAAGCACACAAUUUCUGUUAAAUUUUUUGAGCAAAAACCAUAAAAAAUUAAAUAUAUACAUAUAUAUAAAAAUGGUGGAAGUAAUAGAGCGGCGGAGAACGGCUGCGUGAGAGCUCCAAGCGCGGCCAAUUAAAAAAACAACAACAUUAAGGAGAAGAACAAGACGGAAAAGAAGUAAAACGAAGCAACAAAACAGCGGCAGCAACCAACAAAAAGGGAAAAAAUCCAAUUUAAAUAAAACAAAAUUUGAAAUCGUUGGCUAAAAACUAAGCAAAGAAAUCAACCACAACAGCAAAAGCAACAACAAUUCACAAUGUACGGUAAAUCAAAGACAUCAGCGGUCCCCUCCGAUGCACAAGCCCGGGAGAAGCUUGCUCUCUAUGUGUACGAAUAUCUACUGCAUGUGGGCGCCCAAAAGGCCGCCCAGACAUUUCUCUCCGAGAUCAGAUGGGAGAAGAAUAUUACCUUGGGCGAGCCACCGGGAUUCCUUCACACUUGGUGGUGCGUCUUCUGGGAUUUGUAUUGUGCCGCGCCAGAACGACGGGAUCAGUGCGACCACAGUUCGGAGGCAAAGGCUUUUCAUGAUUAUGGAUUUGUCAGUUCGGGAUAUGGUGUGAAUGGCAUUGGACCCGGCCCUGGAGGUCCACACAAUGCUGGUGGACCGGCUCCAAGUCCCUUGGGUCAAAUGCCGCCUGGCGGAGUUGAUGGCGGUGGCGGUCCAAUGGGCCCAGGCGGACCAAUGGGUCCAAACUUUUUCCCAAAUUCAUCAAUGCGGCCAUCGCCGCCAACGCAUGCAUCGAGUCCGCAGCCGCCGCCGUCACAAAUGAUGCCCGGUCAGCCGCCAUUUAUGGGCGGUCCGCGAUAUCCGGGCGGCCCUCGCCCUGGAGUACGUAUGCAAGGCAUGGGGAAUGAGUUCAAUGGACCGCCAGGACAACCACCAAUGAUGCCGAAUAGCAUGGAUCCAACAAGGCCGGGCGGAGGCAUGGGCCCAAUGAAUCCGCGCAUGAAUCCUCCUCGUGGUCCCGGCGGAAUGGGACCAAUGGGCUACGGUGGACCUGGAGGCAUGCGAGGACCGGCUCCAGGCCCAGGUGGCAUGCCUCCUGGCAUGGGAAUGGGUGGAGCAGGUGGUCGUCCUCCGCAGUGGCAGCCGAAUGCUUCGGGACCAAUGAAUGCCUAUUCAUCGUCAUCGCCUGGCAACUAUGGUCCUGGGCCCGGCUCAAAUGGACCGCCGGGACCUGGUACGCCUAUUAUGCCGUCACCGCAGGAUAACACACAAGGCGGACCUGGCGUCGGUGGACCUGGCGAUAGCAUGUAUUCUCUAAUGAAGCCCGAAUUCCCAAUGGGAGGAGGCCCUGAUGGUGGCGGGGGAGGUGGAGGUGGUCCUGGCGGUAUGGGCCCCAUGGGAGGCGGACCCAACUCAAUGGGCCCUGUAUUAAAUGGUGGAGGCGGUGGUCCCGGAGAUGGCUCCGGUCUCGAUGGCAUGAAAAACUCACCAGCUAACGGAGGGCCAGGAACGCCACGAGAAGAUUCGGGCAGCGGUAUGGGUGAUUACAAUCUGGGAGGCUUUGGCGGUGGUCCUGGUGAAAAUGAUCAAACCGAAUCAGCGGCAAUAUUGAAAAUCAAGGAAAGUAUGCACGAGGAAGCCAAGAGGUUUGAGAAAGAUACAGAUCAUCCGGACUACUUUAUGCCAUAACAACAUCAACAGCAGCAGCAGCAUCUCAAUAACUCCUCUGUAGGCAACAGCUCCUCAUCCUCCUCGACCAUCAACACGACAGCUGCCUCACAUAUGCUCACCAAUGGCAACAUCAACAACAACCACAACAAUUUCUAAAUCUAUUGAAAAUGAAUACUGUAAUCAGAAAUCGCGGUAGUAGAAAUCCUUUUUGAUAAGCAUUAAAGUAAAAUAAUUAUAAUUAUUAAUUAAAAUAUACUAAAAUCUAAUUAUACACACACACACACACAAUUAUAUACAAUAGAGUAGUAGAUCUAAUGGCACACACCGCAUCAUUAAAUAGAAAUCUAAGGACCAGUUCCAAAUUCCGAUUCGUAAUGCCUCUAUCUAUCUAUCUAUGGCCCUGUCAUUGGUUAUUAUGUUAAAUUCAAAAAAGUUUUGUUCUAAAUUCGAAAACCAUAUUUUUUAAGUAUCAUCUACAGUAUCGGUUUUAAGAUUGGAUGGCUUUACGAAUCUGAAUAAGUGAGAAUCCCGGAUAUGAAUAUGAAACAUUACAAUAAAUUAAGUCAAAACGCAAA